UGGACAUUGACAAAGCAUUGUGGAACAUUCGCAUAUACGGCCCCAGAGGUCUUGAUGCCACCAUACCAUGGCGUACCAGCCGAUUUGUGGUCGUGUGGUAUCAUUUUGGUGGUUCUUUUAACUGGAGGUUUACCAUGGAAAAUUGCAUCUAUGGAGUCUAAUGAAUACGUGGCAUGGAAGGAUAGUAAAGCAGGACAUCUAGAACCAUUUGUAGAGUUGGAUCAUUUGGCCAUGGACUUGAUACAGAAGAUACUUGUACACAUCCCAUCUCGCCGUGCAAAAUUAAAGGAAAUUAAGGAUCAUCAGUGGUGUAACACGUGUUUUGACAGAUUAGGUAAGUCCACUAGAAUGUAUGCAGUUAUCUUAGUUUUGGAUUGUAAGGGGGGUGGGGGGUUACUUUAAAUUGCUGAUCAUGUAAGAUGGUAGAUUGUUAUUUGGACCAGAUUCUGGAGUUUCAUGUUGCAUUACUGGAGCAGAUAUUCAUUAGAAUGGACUUAGCCCCCCACAUUAACAGCUGAAUGCCUUAACUGUGUGUAUGAAGGUCAUUCAGAAUGAACUAUUAGAAAUCAGUGGUUAGUAAAACUAUGUUACUUAUGUAUAAUUUGCCUUCAGAAGUUGAAUGUGGGGAAUGUGGCUGUGUACUAGUGAAUGUGUCGUUUAUAUACUUUCUUUUCUCCUGUUGGUCUUGUGUAGAUGCAAGGCCUUACAUUUUCCUGACU